AAAUGGGGAGGUCGUUUCUAUGGAGACCGGGCCGCAGCCGGGAGGUUUCGAAGUGAAACUUUGCAGCGGGCGGCGGGGCCCGUGGGCAGGGCUGCCGAGCCCCGGCGGCGCCAGCGAGAGCAGGCGGGCCGGCGGCAGGGACCCGGAGGCUGAGGGUGUGCCCGGGGCCGGCGGCGAGCGGCGCCCGGGCAGCUCACGGAGGAGCCGGGAAAGUUUCGCGGCGCGGAGCCGCCGCCCACCCCCUCGCCCUUAAGCGGCUGCUCGAGGCCGUCCCCCUCUGCGCUCCCGGCGGCCCCCGAAGCCCGCUGCUAUGGCAGCCGCCCGUCGCCGCGGGGCGAGCAGGGGGAGGCCGCCUCCGGCUGGCCGUGCGGCGGCAGCGGGGGGGCGCGCAGCCCCCGGUCGGCGGGCGUCCUCCUCCUCCGGCCGGCAGUGACCGCCCCGGCCCCCGCUCUCCGCCUGCUCGCCAUGCCUUUCGCCGCCCGCGUCUCGCCGAGGACCGUACUGGGGAAGGGCGACGGAAGCCACCGCCCUGCCACUCCUUGAGCCAGCCGCCGCCUCACCGGAGCAGCCCCAUGUCGCCCGGCCGCCGCGCAGCCCCGCAGCCCGCUGCGCUCUGAGGGCGGCGAACGCCUCGCACCUCCCCACAGGGCACGACCCAGAACUAUGAUAGCAACAGGAGGAGUUAUAACAGGACUGGCUGCCUUGAAAAGGCAAGACUCUGCCAGAUCUCAGCAGCAUCUCAACCUCGCCACAGCACCAGCGCCCGAGGAGAAGAAGCCAGUGCGGCGCCGGCCCCGGGCAGACGUCGUCAUCGUCAGGGGCAAAAUCCGCCUCUAUUCUCCGUCGGGAUUCUUCCUGGUCCUGGGGGUGCUGAUCGCCGCCUUCGGCAUCGCCAUGGCCAUCCUGGGCUACUGGCCGCAGGGGGAGCAGCUGCUGGGCUCGGCGGAGGCGCUGCCGGCGAACGGGACGCAGGAGCUGCGGGGCCAGGGCGGUGCACUGCUGCGCUUCUUCGAGCAGCACCUGCGCUCCGACAAGAUGAAGAUGCUGGGGCCCUUCACCAUGGGCAUCGGCAUCUUCAUCUUCAUCUGCGCCAACGCCAUCCUGCACGAGAACCGCGACAGGGAGACCAAAAUCAUACACAUGAGGGACAUCUACUCCACUGUCAUAGACAUCCACACCCUGCGGCUCCGGGAGCAGCAGCAGCUGAGCGGUGCCUUCGGCGGGCUGCUGGGGGAGGGAGAGCUGCGGCAGGCUGGCAGCUCCUGUGCCUCCCAGCUGGCUGCCCACACCGUCGCGCCUUUCUCUGGCUUCAAGAGUAGCUUUAGAGUGGACAGUCCUGCUGAAGAGGAUGAGGUGACCCUAACUGAAGUCAGGACCACUGGCAGCCUCCUGCCGCCUCUGCUGACCGAGCAGCCUGGUUCGGUGUUUGGGCUUCACCCGCAGCGCAGCAAGGCUCAGGACGACAGAAGCUCUAUCAGGUGUGAGACUAAAUCCAUCGUCUCCUCUUCCAUCAGUGCUUUCACACUGCCAGUGAUCAAACUCAACAACUGUGUGAUCGAUGAGCCCAGCAUAGACAACAUCACCGAGGACUCCGAGAUCUCCAAGAGUGGCUCCAGGAACCUGUCCAUGGACUCCCUGCCCCUGCCGGUGCCCGACACCCGCGAGCCCUGCAGGCCCCCCGCUGCCCUGCUGCCGCGGCACAGCUCCCUGCUGGACGCUCCAGCUGCUCAGUCCAGGUCUUCUAUGGCUCUUGGAGCAAGCGCAGGAAAGCUUUUGUCUCCGGGUGCUGCCAGGAAGCAGUUUGGGUCCAACACGUCUUUGCAUCUUCUGUCCUCACAUUCCAAGUCCCUGGACUUGGACAGAGGUCCCUCCACGCUCACGGUGCAGGCUGAGCAGAGGAAGCAUCCCAGCUGGCCCAGGCUGGACCGCAGUAACAGCAAAGGGUACAUGAAACUGGAAAACAAGGAGGACCCCAUGGACAGGUUGCUGGUGCCCCAGGCAGCAGCCAAGAAAGACUUCACCAACAAGGAGAAGCUGCUGAUGAUUUCCAGGUCUCACAACAACUUGAGCUUCGAACACGAUGAGUUUUUGAGUAACAACCUGAAGCGAGGAACCUCCGAAACCAGAUUCUAACACUGAGACUGCAACCCAGGGGAUGCCUCACAGUAUUUUUAGAACAAAAAUAAACCCCCAGCGUUGGGACAAGUGUUUCCUUUUCAGUCAGACAGUACAAGCCUGUAUCUAACCCAGUGCUUGCCAGCCUACUGCACUGGUUUUGUGUAACGAGAGGUCUUUGUCUUUGUAAUGCCAAGAGGCUUUGUCCUGGUACCAUACAGCUGCAAUUCUGUGCAUUGCCAUUGCCCAGAGAGUUUUGGAGUGACUGAUUGCAGUUCUCCCCAGGUCACUGUUUCCUUUGUUCUGUAUAAGCAUGUUAGGUUUGAUCAGUUGGACGCCAGAAGCUUGCAUUAGGGAAAACAAACAAACAAGAGCUUCAUUUCCCUGUCAGAUCUGGUUAGGGAAUGACUGCAGGAGUCUCAAAGCAGCUCUUGCGGUCGGGAAUGGGAAGUGAGCAGGAACACACACUGCACUUAUCCACUCUGCUGCUGUCUUCCACAUGGAAUUGUCAGGAUCUGAAGGGACCUCAAAGAUCAGCCAGCUCCAGCCCCCCUGCCAUGCCCAGGGACACCUCACUCUAGGGCAGGUUGCCCACAGCCACAUCCAGCCUGGCCUUAAAAAAUUCCAGGGGUGAGGCUUCCAUCACCUCCCUGGGCAACCUGUGCCAGGCUCUCACCACCCUCAUGCUGAAGAACUUCCAAUCUGAAUCCCACUUCUAGUUUUGUUCCAUUCCCCCCAGUCCUAUCACUGCCUGGCAUCCUAAAAAGUCCCUCCCCAGCUUUCUCGUAGCCCCCUUCAGAUACUGGGAAGUCACAAUAAGGUCUCCUCGGAGCCUUCUCCUCUCCAGACCAAAUAACCCCAACUCCCUCAGCCUAUCCCCAUAGCAGAGCAGCUCCAGCCCUCUGAUCAUCCUCUUGGCCCUUCUCUGGACAUGUUCCAGCACCUCCACAUCCCUCUUGUCCCAGGAGCUCCAGCACUGGAUGCAGUACUCCAGGUGGGGCCUCAGCAGAGCAGAGCAGAGCAGAGGGGCUGGAUCACCUCCCUGGCCCUGCUGCCCACACUGCCCUUGCUGCAGCCCGGGAUCAGGUUGGCUCUCUGGGCUGCCAGAGCACACUGCUGGCUCCUGCUGACAUCUCAGCCAUCAUGACUGUAAGAAACUUGUUCCCUUGUUGGGGUGGUGGAUAGAGAAGAGUGGGUGUGACUAAAAGCUUUAGUGUGAGUUGCUUGUGAAGGCUGAACAGCAGCGUUGUGACUCAGGAGCUGCUUUGUACGGUAACCUUCCUUCAGCCACUGUAACUGAGCCCUGGGGUUCUGGGAAUGCAGAGACACAGUGAAAACCCUGAGCCUCCUUCUGGGAUCAGCAGCAGUUUGAGUCAAAAUAGGCAGAUUGAGUUGAAGCCACAGCAUGGCAGGAACACGGUGGGUGAUGAGGUGAUGGCUUCCACUUGGUAAGGUUGGUGGCUUUGAGCUGGGAGAGGGGAGGUUUAGACUGCACGUUAGGAAGAACCCAAACCAACUGAUGCUGGUGAUGAUAAUAUAUAGAGUCACAUAGAAUGGGCUGGAAGGGACCUUCAGCAUCAUCUGGUUCCAACUCCCCUGCCAUGGGCACAGACAUCUACUAGCCCAGGUUGCUCAAGGCCUCGUCCAGCCUGGCCAUGAACACUUCCUGGGAGGAGGCAUCCACAGCCUCCCUGGGCAACCUGUGCCAGUGUCUCCCCAUCCUCACUUUGAACAAUUUCUUCCUAAUCUCCAAACUCAAUCUCCCCUCUCCCAGCUCAGAGCCACUGCCCCUCCUGUCACUGCAUGCCCUUGUAAAAGUCCCUCCUCAACUCUCCUGUAGUCCCCUUCAGGUGGGCUGCUCUAAGGUCCUCAUGGAAAUAAGGGUGAGGAGGAGGAGAAGGAGGAAGAAGAAGAGAAGAGGAUGAUGAUGUAGCUUGCAUCUGGAGAGAAGAAUGGGAAAUGAAUGCAUUGCCACUCAUUACAGCAGCAAGAAGCUAACCAAGUAGCUCUCCACGCCCACGGUACAGACACAAAGCACCCCAGUGAGUGCCUGCCCUAGCUGAGAGCAGAGCCCCUGGGCUGCCUGCUGCUGUGCUGUGCACAGUGGGUGCAGUGCAGGCUCCCUGCACUUUGCAUUAGGAGGUCUUGUGAGAGGAAGUGACCUUUAGCAGCAGAGCAGAGCAGCCCAGCUGGCAGGCCUGCAGCCAGUGCUGAAGCAAAGACUUGCAGCAUGCCCAGCAGAAGGCUUCCAUGUCGUUCCUGAAGGCUGCAGUCCUGCCCUGCCAGCCCUGCUCCAGGAGGUCACUUCAAGCUCCCAGGCUCAGCUAACAGGAAGCUGCUCCGAGCCCUCUGGGUUUGAUACAUUCACUGCAACCUAAACACUCAGGAAUUAUUUCUAAUGGCUUUGCCCAAAAGGAGUCAAACCUGUUAAAGUGUCUUUGUUCUUCAGUUACUUUAAUAAUGAAAGAGAAAACUGCCCCUUUUUUGUUGCCCUUUGGUGAAUUACUGUUGAGCUCCAGUGCCAGCUGCCUGCCUGAUGCACCAGGAGCAUCCCUUGCCAGGUGAGCUGAGGUGUGGUGUUGACUGGUAGAGCCUCUGUAUUGUACCAGAGUUAGCUCAGUAUUUUGCUAUGAAGCCUUUAAUAACUUUCUCAUUUGUGUCCUCAAGACAGUUGCUAUUUUUGGAAAUAAAAUGUCUACCUA